AUGAGUGACUCGGAGUCCAUCGUAUUCCGUGAGCAAACGGCAAACAACUCCCUGCAGAGUGAAAAUAUGCAGGACGCUUUAAUCCAAUCCUCACAAAUGCCGUCGGCGUCUCCGGCGCUGGACAAACCGCCGCUUCACCACACCAACCAACGGGGCUCCCGUACGAGCACUCAGCCGCGUCCAGAGGCAAAACACGCGAAGAAGUCUUUUGCCGCUGGCGAACGGUCGCACGACGAUGCGGUCUCCGAACACAGCCAGAGCAUCCACUUCUCCUUUGAUGGCGCUGAGCAUAACGCCUCCAUCGCGAGUAGGGCCUCUGUGAGGCGGGCGAACGGUCUCCAGCCGCCCCCCAAACGUGGCGGAGGUCAUCUUGAAUUGCGAUCGACUCAUCUACGCCGCUCGGGAAGUCAGAGGACGGAUUCAGAGGAUGAAUCCAUUCAGUUUGCUUUGGAGACCUCCAAUAGCCACGCACGGCCAAAGACCACGGUGCAUUCCGAGGCGUCGCCAAACGACAGCAUCUUCUUCCACGUCGUGGAUGACACGCGGACGGAUGGCGUCAAUUCCAGGGCCAGCGGCAAUCCGCAGCAUGACGCCAGCACGGAUGGCAUUGAAUUUACCGUUUUGAAUGAGACGGAAGGAGCGGCGGAGGGUUCUUUGGGGAAAUCGGUGCAGACACGCACCGACGCGGAAAAAGGGCGAGGAGUCGAAUUGCCAGUUGAGAAGAAGCGCUUGAAGAAGACAGUUUUAUCAAACAGGCUUAGGCGCCCACACACAGUUUUAUUGCGUAGCGGGAGGGUCUCAAACCCACCGGCCACGAAGCGCUCUAAUGGGAAAAAUUUGACGGAAAACAUUCCUCCAGCCACAUUGUCGCCUGCAGAAACUGGGCCUUUGGAUACCCCUGCGAUACCGACACCAAAACCACUGGAUGCCACUGAGGCGCAGCUUGAAUCAAAUCGUAUGCCUCCAACUGCUGUCCCUAUGCCUUCCAAAGAUGACCAAUGCACAUCAAAGGCUACACCGAAGGAAUUGGGCAAUAUUUUAUUUCCAACGCGACGUUCGCGAAGCACCGGCUUCACGGAUCCGAUUGGUAUAAAAAAUGCGUCAACUGCUGCGGCCAAAAAGUCGACGGAGGGUUCGCCGCCUCGCAUUUCCAUUGAAGUACCGUCGCCGUACCCCCGACCGCAAUCGGAGGUCAUGCAGCCUUCUAAUUCAGAUACGCUGGACGAGUGGAUUUUUCAGGCUAAACUCUGCACGGAACAUUGGCGUCUCUUCAAUGACUUUCAGAGGGAAGAGAUUUUGCGUUUGAUUGAGCGCAUUGCGAAGGCACGCCAACCGGACUCAUUUCUUCAGGUCAUUGACACGGGCGUAAAGGAGAGAAAAUCGACACAAGCUGCACCGGGUGGAUUUGCCAAGCUUUACAAGCAAAGAGUUUUCGCCACACAGAACGCUGCUUUUUGCCGAGGCACAUCUAACACCGUGCCCUCGACAAUAAAAUUGGCUUCUAAAGUCCAACCGCGGGCACGUUCAGCGACGUCACACGGCAUUUCGACGUGCAGAUCACCGUUCUCUGGACGGACGCAGGACCAUCGUCCUCCCGUUGCCAGGCCACCAAAGGCGGCUGAGGCAGGACAGCUUCCCGCAGCCCCACAGAGGCCCCCACAGAGGCCCCCGCACGCACCGUCGCGGAGGUCGGCAGGCGGCAGAUGCCUUUCUCUUUUUCAAGACGCGUUUUCGUCUGAUGGCGUUGCGAAACUCGCCCAGACGCUUGGUGUGGUGUGGCCUCCUUGGUCACCGGAUGCACUUUUUUUUGUCUCCGGCGCCCGCCUGACUCCGCAGCAGAGGGAUGAGUUCUACAAGGCGGCUGAGCUUCAGAAGGCAGCCUUUGCGAAGCUCCACGCGGAGUUACAACACUCUUCUGCGGCACAAAAGAGGGAGACAAAAGGUGCCCGCCAGAAAAAAGUGACGCUGUCGCGUACUUCCAUCCUCCGCAAGGCCUUUGAUUUGAUGGAUGUGGACACACGCGGCAUCAUUCACACCGCAGAUCUUCCGGCGUUGCAGCAUUUACUUGAGGCGGAGCGGCAGGAACUUGAGACAAGGGCGGCUGAUGGAGUUGCGGCUUCUAGUUUUCUUACAAGGGCGAGGGGUGAGCAGCGCAUUCUUAAAGGUACGAUUGAUUCCAAACGACCUGCUACGAAACCCGAAGAUGAUGCCACAUCUAUCGCUAAGAAGGUUAUGCUGCACGGUUUUGUUUUAGAGAUUAUUUUUCCGCUUAUUCGUGCCUCUAAUUUAGUUGUGGUUGACUUUGCCUCCCUUGGCCUUUUGGUGUUUGGAUCCUUGUGCCUUUCUCAAAAGGGCGCGAGCGCGAGUUUUGUGAAAUGGUUCCAGGCCGCAUUACACUACUUUGAGGCUCUUGCAUAG